UGCUAUUAAACCUAACUUUCAGUACUAUAAAUUAAUUGUAUGUGACAAUAAAAUCAAAGACCAAAACUCCUGAACACUACAACGUCAUAUACCUUAAAUCCCUAUAAAAGCCACGUUCACCUUCUUGUUUAAAGACAACAUAAAAACCAAAACAAAAACCUCCUCUGCAUAAACCAAUGGCUCACAACACCUUUUACUAUCUGCUGCUGCUGCUGCUGCUAGUCACCGCAGUGCAAGCAGCACGUGCGGUUGAGUUCACGGUAAUCAACCAAGCCGGCACAUCUCGUGGAGGCGUUCGCUUUGCCAAUGACAUUGGCGAGGACUACAGCAGGCAAACACUGGUGUCGGCAACAGACUUCAUCUGGAGAAUUUUCCAGCAGAGCAGUGAGAGAGAGAGGAAGAGUGUGCGGAAAGUGACUCUGAUCAUCGAGAACAUUGAUGGUGUUGCUUUUGCAGUCAAUAACGAGAUUCAUGUCAAUGCCAACUACUUAGGAAACUACUCAGGUGAUUUCAGAAGGGAGUUCACAGGAGUAAUCUAUCACGAGAUGACACAUAUAUGGCAGUGGAACGGGAAUGGGAAGACUCCAGGAGGAUUGAUAGAAGGGAUUGCGGAUUUCGUAAGGCUGAAGGCUAAUUAUGCGCCGAGCCACUGGGUGAAGCCAGGGGAGGGUAACAGAUGGGACCAAGGGUACGAUGUCACAGCUAGGUUUCUGGAUUACUGCAACAGUCUGAGAAAUGGGUUUGUGGCGGAGCUUAACAAGAAGACGAGAACUGGCUAUAGUGAGAGCUUUUUUGUUGACCUGUUAGGGAAGACUGUUGGCCAGCUUUGGAGUGACUACAAGGCUAAAUUUAGUCAUUAAUAUGGAGUCUAACUAAAUAAGCCAUAGCUGAAAGCUGAACCAAAAGAAAAUAAAUUUCUGCUUGGUUCAAUAAAAUAAUUUAAUUCUAUUAACCAGAAGUGGAGAUCAUAAUGAUUAUAAGUAGGAUUUCUAUUUCUAAAUAAGUACCGCUUUAAAUUCAAAUUACAUAUUCUGUGACACUUAACCUUGAUAAAUAAGAAUACGAGAUCAUUGUGGAACUA